GCUUCCUGCCUCUCCACCUCCUCUCUCACGCAGCAUCCCAGCAUGCGCUCUCUCCUCAGCGCACUCCUGGCGCUCCUGCUGCUGCCGCUGGCGCUGGCCCUCUCGUCGACGGGCCCGCGUGUGCUCGUCGUGCUCGACGAGCCGGCGCACGAGGCGCGCUACAGCCGCUUCUUUGGCGCCCUGCGCAGCGACCUCGGCCUCGAGCUCGCCGUGCGCGGCGCCCGGGACGACAAGCCGCGCCUGACCGAGUUUGGGCAGCGCAGCUUCGACCACCUGCUUCUGCUGGCGCCUGCAGCCAAGGCACUCAGCGCCGACCUCUCGCCGCAGGAGCUCGUCUCCUUCCUCAAGAACGGCGGUAACGUGCUCUUCGGCCUGGCGCCCUCGUUUGCCGAGUCGUACCGCGACCUGGCGCGCGAGUUCGCGCUCGAGGUCGAGCCGCGCUCCUCGCUCGUCGUCGACCACUUCCGCGCGCUCGCCGGCAGCAGCGACGGCGCCAGCAACGACUCGAGCAUCCUGCUUGGCCCCGCGGCGCAGAACGGCGGCCUUGUCCGGAGCGCGCAGGUCUUCAGUGCCGAGGCACUGCAGGCGGCACAGCAGCACCCGCUGCUCUUCAGCGGCGUCGCCCACCGCGUCGGGCCGAACCCGAUGGCCUUCCCGCUCAUCCGUGCGGCGAGCUCUAGCUACUCCAAGACGGGCCUGCGCGCCGAGGGUGACGAGCCGCCAGCCGCCCCGCUCACCGGCGCCGAUGCCGACGCGGCGCUGGUCAGCGGCUUUCAGCUGAAGGACAACAGUGCCCGGGCCAUCUGGAGCGGCAGCGUCGACCUCUUUGCCGACGAGAGCUUGCAGGAGCAGAAGCGGCGGACACGGGAUGGCGAGAGCUACACCUCCACCGCCAACCUGCCCGUGAGCCUGGCGCUCGUCUCGUGGCUGACGCAGUCGCACGGCGUGCUGCGCGUGGCGCAGACCUCGCACGAGCGCGUGCGUGCCGGCCCGCACGACGAGCGGCCAGACUACGAGGAGUGGGUCGACGAGGCGGGCGGCGCCGUGCAGCGCAUGUACCGCGUCAAGGACCACGUUACGUUCAACCUCGACCUCUCGCUCCACGACCCCGUCAAGGGCUGGGUGCCGGCGCCGCGCGACCUGGACCUGCAGGUCUCGCUCGUCAUGAUCGACCCCUUCAUCACUGCGCCCCUGGUGGCGAUCGACCCUGCGGCGUCAUCUUCAAGCGGCGCACUGGCCGAGGCAGAGCGCAGCAGCGCCGCGCACACGCGCUACAGCUCCACGUUCCAGGUGCCGGACCGGCACGGCGUCUACACGUUCCGCGUCGAGUGGGCGCGCCACGGCUGGUCCUACAUCUCGACGCGCGACGUGGCGCCUGUGCGACCCUUCAACCACGACGAGCACCCGCGCGGCCUCAGCGCGGCCUGGCCGUACGUCGGCGGCGCGUUCAGCACCAUGCUCUCCUUUGCCGUCUUUGUCGUGCUCUGGACGCUCACGACCGAGAAGAGCAGGCCGCGGGCAGGCAAGGAGGAGUAGAUAGAGGCGCCACACGCAACGCCCAGACGCGGCUGCUGCGGCUCGACAAAUGCAUUGUUGAUUCCUAC